UUCGGAACGGGGGGGAAAGGGCGAGCACAGCCACAUCAUCGCCCGACAUCCAGCCCUCUCGCUUCCAGCCACUUUUGCCGAGAUGUCGCGGAAGCUGCAGAGGACAGAAGUCUGCGCCGACUGCAGUGCGCCAGAUCCCGGCUGGACCAGCAUAAACCGAGGGGUCCUGAUCUGCGAUGAGUGCUGCUCGGUGCACCGCAGCUUGGGGCGCCACAUCUCCAUUGUCAAGCACCUGAGGCACAGCGGAUGGCCUCCUGCGCUGCUGCAGAUGGUUCAGACCUUGGCCAGUAACGGGGCCAACUCCAUAUGGGAACACAGUCUCCUGGACCCUGCUCAGGUGCAGAGCGGCCGAAGGAAACCCAACCCCCAGGACAAAGUCCAUCCCACUAAGUCGGAGUUCAUUAGAGCCAAAUACCAGAUGCUGGCCUUUGUGCACAAGCUGCCCUGCCGCGAUGAUGACGGCGUCACCACCAAGGACCUCAGUAAGCAACUCCACUCCAGUGUGCGGACGGGGAGUUUAGAGACGUGUCUCCGGCUGCUGUCCCUCGGCGCUCAGGCCAACUUCUUCCACCCGGAAAAAGGCACCACCCCGCUCCACGUCGCAGCCAAGGCCGGCCAGAUACUGCAGGCCGAGCUCUUGGUGGUGUACGGCGCAGACCCCGGAGCGCCCGACAUCAACGGACGCACGCCCAUGGACUACGCAAGGCAGGCGGGUCAUAUAGAGUUAGCUGAGCGGCUGGUGGAGUGUCAGUACGAGCUGACGGACAGGUUAGCUUUCUACCUGUGUGGACGGCGUCCAGAUCACAAGAAUGGCCACUACAUCAUUCCCCAAAUGGCAGACAGAGCUCGUCCUAAGUGCCCGACACAGAGUCUGGACCUCUCAGAACUGGCCAAGGCUGCCAAGAAGAAGCUCCAGGCGCUCAAUAAUCGGCUGUUUGAGGAGCUCGCGAUGGACGUCUACGAUGAGGUGGAUCGCAGAGAAAACGACGCAGUAUGGCUCACGACCCAGAACCACAGCACUCUGGUAACAGAACGCAGCGCGGUGCCCUUCCUGCCCGUCAACCCUGAAUACUCUGCCACGCGCAACCAGGGCCGACAGAAGCUUGCACGUUUCAACGCUCGGGAGUUUGCCACGCUCAUCAUCGAUAUCCUGAGUGACGCCAAGAGGAGACAGCAGGGGAAAGGUCUCAGCAGCCCGACUGACACACUGGACCUGGGCAUCGACGACGACCAGCACGACUAUGACAGCGUAGCUUCUGACGAAGACACCGACAGUGAGCUGACGGCACAGAACAACAACAACACGCAACGCAGCAACCGUGCAAAGAGUAUGGACUCGUCGGACUUGUCGGACGGUCCUAUCACGCUGCAGGAGUACCUGGAGGUGAAGAAGGCCCUGGCCUCCUCCGAGGCCAAGGUGCAGCAGCUCAUGAAGGUCAACAACAACCUGAGCGAGGAGCUGCGGCGGCUGCAGAAGGAGAUCACACGGAUGCAGACGGAGAACAGUUCCAUGCGGGGGGGCCAGCAGGCUGGGGGGCCAGCCGGCCAUGGGGUAGGGGGGCCUGGUGGAGGAGGAGGAGGGGGCGGGGGAGGCCACUGGCAAGGGGGUGUGAUGCGAGGAGUAAUAGGCGGUGGGGGUCUGGGUGGGUUUGGGCCAGGAGCGGACACCCCGGGGCUCUCGGUGCCCUCCUCCGUCGCUCCCCACUCCCACCCCCACCGGAGAGACCGCCAGGCCUUCUCCAUGUACGAGCCAGGGGCAGCCCCCGGCCCCACGGCCCAUGGUCCCCCAGCCCUGGACUCCCUGGCAGCCCGCCUGCAGCCCCUCAACACACACAGCGUGAGGAAGGGGAGUACAGGGGGCUCGUCAACGUACGGAGGCCACCAUCUGUCUGGAUCUACAGAGAUGGGCAGAUACAUGGUCUCUAAACCAGAGAAGCACGGCAGCGGCACAGACAGCGACUAUGACAACACACAUUCAUAUGACCUCUCGCUAAGGUCAGACUCACGUAUGGGCCGCAGCAGCGAGGGGGAGUCAGAGGAGGGAGGCGGUGGGGAGACGUGGGAGCCGGACCCCACCCUGCCCUGCACGGAGGACGUCAUACUGAAGACUGAGCAGGUGACCAAGAACAUCCAGGAGCUGCUCCGGGCCGCGCAGGAGUUCAAACACGACAGCUUUGUCCCGUGUUCUGAGAAGAUCCACUCGGCUGUCACGGAGAUGGCGUCGCUCUUCCCCAAACGUCCGGCGUUGGACGCCGUCCAUUGUUCCCUCCGCCUGUUGGCGUCCAGCGCCUCGCGGUUGCAGGUGGAGUGUCGCAAGGCGGCGCCCUCGGAGCCGGGGGCCCCCGCCGUGGACUACCAGCUGCUCACGCAGCAGGUCAUCCAGUGCGCCUACGACAUCGCCAAGGCCGCCAAGCAGCUGGUCACCAUCACCACCCGGGAGAAGAAACAGUGACCGGACAAAUGGACGGACAGAGAGGAGGGGGGGGGGGAGAGGACAGAUCAGUGCAUGGGAGGGACAAAGAAGGAUAACAUGAUCACACUAAUGAUGGGAGAACUGGGGACGGCUGAGAGAAUGACGGGCACGAAGAAACUACAGAGAAGUUUGGAAACUGCAUGGCAAGGAAUCGGACGAAAGAGAGAAAUCCCACGAGUGAGGAAGUGAAAGGUUUUGGGAGGACGAGCGGGAGGAUCCGACAUGGGAAACCGGAAUAAACCUUCGGAAUCAGAUGUGUAUAAUAAAAACCGUUAAAACUGUGACGAAGCACGGAUGUGAAAAAUCCAGCGGGUGGCGAUGUACAGUGAACUGGAUCAGGAGAUGUCAACCGCUUUUAUUUAUUGUCACCCGUCACUCGUCAUCCCUCGCCCUCCCCCCAUCUACCGUGACCGGGGAGGGAGGGAGGAAGUCGAUCGACCAUGACAUACUCCAAAAACCACCGACAGGACUUUCCCCCUCUCCUUUCCUCUCUUGUCCCCUCCCUCUCUCCCUCUUUCUUUUUCCAACCAAACACCAGGUCUCUAACCCCCUGUCCCAAACACGAUGAGCUACCGGUGCAGCCAAGGACGUCCAGGGAUCCAUCUCAUGUCACCCCCACCCCGUCUCAGAUGCUUCCUCCCUGGUUAACUUCUCCGACUUGUCCCCCCUCCACUCCUCUACGUUGUUGGUGGUACAACACGGCAUGUUUUCAUUUCUCUCCUCUCUCCUCUUUUUCUUUAUUUUUUAUUUUUGAAAAUCGCAGAUGGGUUCAAUCUGCUCCUCCCGAGGACAAAACGUGACUGACUUACAAAAAAAACACUUACACUGGAAUAAUUGUGAUUUAUUGUUAUUGUUUUAUCAUAAUGCCGAUUGUUGUUGUCGUCGUUGUUGUUAUUUUUUUUUGUAAUGAUAUUUUUACUGACUUGUCACCUUGAUUUAACUCGUUUAUGUUUUUCGUUUAUUACAUCGUCUCAAAUAUGAUUUUUUUUGGGGGGGGGGGGUUAUGGGAAUAGGGAGGAACAGGUGGGAGCGCGUGCUCAACCUCUUACUGGGAUUUUUCUUUCUUCUCUUUUAUGUGAACAUGCACACGCGUACGAAAUGGAGAAGACGAGCCUGUGAAAUGGUCCUCGACGUUUCUGUCGCUGAGUGACAGUUGAGGUUUUUUCUUUCCUUUUUUUAAUGUUGUAAUAUGUCAUGUGGCCAAGGGGGUUGAACAGUUGCCAAAGGAGGAUGCGAUAUUGGGGAGAUUAGUUUUAGAUUUUUCUGUCAGACCCUGAAUGCCCCUUGGUGCAUCACGACAGGACCUGGAUCAAAAUGCUCUUUUUUUUCCUUUUUUUUUUUAAAUGCCUCAUUUAGUGGAAUCAUCUCAGAAACAACCUCAGAACAAACUCACAAGCGUCUGAGGAUUCAUCCCUCCGCCGACGUUACUGACACGGCUACGGUUUUUCGCUUCUGGGUGCUUGAUUUGCACGGCAUCCAUACAUUUACAUGUGCAUGCUAAGAAAUGAGGAGUCACACGAGUUGAUAUGAGAUCCUGGUCUGAGGUCGACCUGUGGGAAGCUCCAGAUCUUGCAAACCUGGAGCUAAUUAACUUUUUUUUAAUAUUUGAAAUUAAAGGGGCAGUAAGCUAUUCUGAAGCAAAACACGUUUUGUAACAAUAAAAUCAGUGGAUAUUUCUCACGGUCCGAAAAAUGUUUGGAUUUUCUGCAUGCAAAAAUGGUCCACACACAACACUGUGAGUGCAGUUUGUGAGGAUCACUCGUCGACACCUAGCGGGCGGCGCCGGUCUCCCAGCUCCCGGGUUCGCCAGUAAAAUCACAAUGACAACAAAGAGAAACAAACUCUCUCCAAAAUCGCUUACUGCCCCUUUAAUUCAUCCACCUCAAGCCUGCUUCAAUUUUUAUUAUUUUUAGUUUUUUUGCCAUGUGUUAUUUACACCGUGGCGAGCACAAUUGAGCCCGUGGCGGCGGUGGGGGUGGGGGGGGGGGGCACCGUUGUGCCGUUAGUUUCUCCGUCUCCACCUGUUGACCCCACCCGGGCCACAGAAGUUGCCACUCUGAGCUCACCAUCUCUUUAACUCUGCAAAUGGGAGACAACAUCGGGAACAAGGAUCUUUCUUUUAUUUCUUUUCUUUUUCAAAGAUAGAGCGCUUAGCCUUUCGUAGGUUUAAAUCUCGUUGGUCAGGAAGGGAUUUCCGACGGGAUUCACCACCGACCUUUUCUCCCUCUAACGAUUCUGCAGCUCGUUUCUCAAAGUGUGCAAGGCCCCAGUGACCCUGCUCAUCGCUCAAAGGCUUCUCGCAAAUCAACUCGCCUGACACAACGACCUCAUCCUUCAAACAGCCGUUACAUCUCAACUUUGUUAUAAUUUCAUUUUUGUUAUUUUUCCUUGUAUUAAUGCCUUUGAGCAAUGAGGCAAUCAAGACCUGAACCGGCCACAAACACUUUGAGAGAGUUGUCAGACCAUCUUCAGCACUUCUCUGUCCGCCGUAUCCACAGUUAGGUUUUUGUUUUUCCCGCCACUUCCUCCCGCCCUCCCAUCGUCUGACUGUCGGUGUUCGUCAGGAGGAAGUUGGAGCGUUUUUCUCUGUUCCCUGUCAAAACUAAUCGUGUCCAGAAGACUCUUGAAAUGUAUCAUUGUUUGAUAUCGAAUGCCUUUGCACAUCGUCGUCAUCAUCAUCUCCAUUUUGACUGGCUGAGUUACAGUGAUGUCGUACUGACUGCACGCACGCACACACACACACACACACAGGGGCCAGCAGAAAAAGCUUGUCCCUUUAAAUCAUGGUCGCCCCAAGUUUUAGAUUAGAGCCAUAUAUAUAUAUAUAUAUAUAUAUAUAUAUAUAUAUAUGAACGUAUAUUUUCAUGCCUAUAUUUUAUAUUAAGCUACGCGUUAGGGUUAUGUUCGUCUUAUUCGUCGGCUCAAGUGAGCUUCAGGCCAAGCAUCUUCACGCUCUCUCCUCCUCAAGUCCUGACACCUAAUGUGCUCGUGGAUACUCUAUGGUUACGGCACAUGAAGUACAAACUAACGAUCCUAUCACAAUCCGCAGGAAGUGAGGAGCGAGGUCGACCGUUAGAUUCCGCCUUCGUUGCACUAUUUUCAAACACCAGCUGGAUGAAGUACAGGAGCUACUUUUACGUACUCCGCGCGGUGCAGGGGGCUUGGACGUGGCGAUGAGAAAAAAGGGUCUGAAGCGCACUGUGACCACAGCACUACAGUCAUCUCAAAACUAGGGAGGGUCUAAAAAAAACACACACAGCCUCCUCGGGCCCCCCCCCAAAAAAGUGUGCCCACUAUGUAUGGGGUGCCUCCAGUAUGAAUGUUAAAUGCCCCCCACACACACGCCCAACAACACCACUCAGUCGGACCAAGCCUUCCACACAAGUACAAGCAUUUUAAGUUUGCAGCCAGUGACUUACACACACACUAAAACACACGCUUCUGAUUCUCAGCCGUCCCGUCUCCAUGUUUCUUCACAGCUCUUCACUUUGGGAGAUGAGGGGACGGGGAGAGUUUAUCUUUUAACAGAAGACGUUAAAAAAAAAAACUGUAUAAAGUAGAGAAAAACAAUGACUUAAAAGAAAGAGGUCAGUCGUAAUGGAAACAUAAGCUGUACAUUUGUAAUAAAAUAAAAAACAA